UCUCUCGUCUCUUCUUCUUCUUCAGUCUUCCAAACUUUUCAGAGAAGGCCUCAAAAUCCAAAAGCUCCAUUUCACAAUAUAUAUUUUUUUAAGAAAAAUCAAAAAUGAUAAAUCCGUUGUCUCUCCUCUGAUGUGCAUUUGCGUUGUUCAUCUUAGAAACCCUAGAUUUCGAAAUCAAAAUCUAGCUUCUUUCUCUCUUUUGAGAUUUCUUCCUCUCAGUAGACUGUAACAGUAGGAAAGAGCUACUUUCUUUCUUUCUAGGGUUCACGCGAAACCCGCCAUUGUUGUUCUCUUGGGCAAUUAGGGUUUCAUAAAGUUUCAAUCUUUCAACGAAAAGGGUCAAAACCCAUUUGAAAUCUCUGUGGAAAGACUCGUAAUUCAAAGGCCUUAGAUGCAUGGACGGGAGAGAAGCAAUGGCAUUUCCGGGCUCGCAUCCUCACUACUAUCUCCAGAGAGGAGGAGCCUUCACGAAUCUCUCACCUUCCCAGGUCGCGAGUGGACUUCACGCGCCGCCGGGGAUGAGGCCGAUGCCGAACCCCAACGUUUACCACCCUCUGGCUAACAAUCCGGGUCCCCAAUUCUCCAUGGCUGACCACAGACACUCUGGUUUCGGACACAGCAUUCACAUGGGGAUGUCUUCUUCUGUUGCGGUUGAGCAGCAGCCGCCGCCGCCAAUGGUUAAGAAGAAACGUGGAAGGCCGAGGAAGUAUGCUCCUGAAGGUCAAGUCUCGUUAGGCCUUUCUCCCAUGCCUUCUUCUUCUUCUGCAGUGACUGAUCCAAAUGCUCCUAAGCGAGCCAGAGGUCGUCCUCCUGGAACUGGAAGGAAGCAACGCCUGGCUAAUCUUGGUGAGUGGAUGAACACUUCGGCUGGACUUGCUUUUGCACCUCAUGUCAUCAGUGUGGAAGCAGGAGAAGAUGUUGUUUCGAAAGUUAUGGCGUUCUCACAGCAACGACCUAGGGCUCUUUGUAUAAUGUCAGGCACCGGAACAGUUUCGUCAGUCACUCUGCGUCAACCCGCUACAACAGAGGCUUCUGUAACAUUCGAGGGACGUUUUGAGAUUCUAAGUUUAGGCGGAUCUUACUUGGUGAAUGAAGGUGGUGGACCCAAAAGUAGGACAGGCGGUUUGAGUGUCUCUCUUUCUGGUCCUGAAGGUCAUGUUCUUGGCGGUGGGAUUGGAAUGCUUAUUGCAGCCAGCCUCGUUCAGGUGGUGGCUUGUAGUUUUAUAUACGGAGGAGUUGCAAAGCCUAAUAACACUAACAAGACUAUCAAACAAGAGAAUAAACCAAAGGAAGAGCACGACAACAGCGAAAUGGAGACAACACCAGCUAAUGCACCAGAAGAAGCUCAUGAGACGCCACAGGACUUCUCAGCGCAGGCAAUGAGUGGAUGGCCUGGUUCAGGGGAAGGUUCAGUCUCAGGCUCAGGCAGAUCACUUGACUCUAGCAGAAACUUACUCACCGAUAUUGACUUGACUCGCGGAUGAUUCAAAACGAAACAGUAUUGAUGUUUCUUCCUAUUUACUACCACUACCUUCUUUAGUUAUUGAAGCAGCAGCAGCAUCUAGAAAUGUGAGUGCUGUAAAUAUCUUUGUUGUUGUAGAUUUAUCUGGGAAUGUUAAAAACCAGAAAUCUCAGAGGACUGAGACAGAUCUCUGAGUUCCUUCUAACAUUGUAAUGUAACAGAAUCCUUCUCUCUUCAGGUUAUUUAAGGAGAUGUUUGACUA